AUGCUCACCUCUCCCGACACCACCUACGCCAUUAGCGGUGCUAUGUACUGGUCCGUGAUCGAAAUCAACGUAGGCAUCUUCGCGUCGUCAAUUCCCUCCUUCAAAGCCAUCGCUUCGCGCUUCCUUCCGCGUCUCAUUGGCGAAUACUCCUCGGGCAAAGGAUACUACUGGUCGAGGAAUAGCAAGAAGUACGGGUCGGACUUCUCGAAAGUGCGCGAUCAGAGGAUUGCGCUCGACAGCCUUCCAGGCAAGCAUCCGGACAGAGAACAUACGGUCGGCACGCAAAUUCGUGGGCCUUUUGGGAGCAGGUCCAGUCAAGAUCGCAUUAUCAUUCCCGAGGGCCAGAUCUAUACGCAGACAGACAUUGAAACGAGCGUGGAAGAAUGCCCGACAAUCGGCUCACCUUCUUCGGCACAUGGGGGACGUUUCUAUCCGUAG